UUUUCUAAUAUUAUUGUGUGUACACAAAGCAUUCCAUCCUUCAAGCUAUGCAUGUUUUUUAUGUUCAGGUUCACGACUGUUGCUUGCUGUUUGGUAUUGCACAAGCUUUCUUUUACAAAAAGAUUGUAAACAAAGGUGGCCCCACCGAAGUUUCCGUUUAUGAGCUUUGCGUGUUCUCUACCAAUUGGUUGCUCCAGUUUUUUGUGUUACUUCUUUGUUAUGUCAAGGUUAUGUUUAUUGCUACUUUUUGAGUUAGUAGUUGCCUGCUUUAGGAAAUAUUACCUUGGUUAAAAAGUAAAUGGAAGUUCCUUUUAUGAAAAAUCUGCUCAUAUAUCAUUUUCGUGCACCUUUUUGAAACAGCUGUCUGUCUUAGUGGCAUAAGUUUUUUUUGGACUGCACGACUGUCGACUGCCAAACAGGGUCUAGUUAGUAGUCAUGCAACUUUGACAUUACAUGGUUAAUAAAGUGACUCUGUUGUCCAAUCUUCACUAAAGCUUAAACUAUUAAACUUGACAGUUGUGGAAAAUUAACUUAAUUUCGUCAGCCUCAAUCUGGAUUAAUGUGAUGCGCAGAGUGCUGAUGGGAUACUUGCUUUCUUUUAGCCUGGUCAGUAGCAAAUGUUGAAGCCGGAGCACGACCUGCAGGUUUCACAGGGCAACAGUCAAGCUGCCCAUUUCAGCAGUAUGGAUCCAUCAUUCUCCAAGGCUGCAGCUUCUUCACCUCUUGAGCAAACCCGAAGGAACCAGCUACCCAAGCACACAGCAGCAGCCAUAUGGUAUGCCUAUGCACCUGGCUAAGGACAGACAAUUUCAACACUGUUUGGUGUCUCAAGAUCACAACAAUCUUCUUGUAGCAGGUGUGAUACCCGGUGUGCAGAACGGACCGCAGAUUCAGCAGCAGAACCAUGCAUCUCCGGUCGCUUGAACCCCUUCUUCGCGACCACUGCAUCAGAAGCAGCAGUCUGCGCAAAGUCCACCAGAUAGCUGUGCACUUGCCAAUCAAUCUGCCAAUGCUACUGAACCAAAGCAGAAGAAACACCAGGGUCAACAGCAGCCUAGACAAAACCAACAACAGAGGAAUCAAGCUAGUCAGCAGAGCUAGGCUUAUGAAGAGUUAAUUUAGGACCUGGAAACAUGGUGACACCUCAGGCUCCUGCAACCGGCGCCUUUCCAACCAGUGCUGUUCGUAGGGCUUCUAAGAAACAAGUUCCUGACAAAAAUUUGACGCAACAUGGCCAUGGUAAUAAAGCGUCGAUUUCAGCAACACCUCAGCCUGGGAAUCAACAUAAGCUAUAUACCUCGGUGCCUUGUCAGGUUGAGGUUUAUGUGAAGGAUCGAACAACUAACUCUGAAUUCAGAGACGAAAAGUAGCGCUCAAAGAGGGCAAAUUGCUGGGGUUUGAGCGACUUGCAGAUGCCCAUAUAGAGGCCAGCCGGAGCACGGUGGCUAGGAUUUCGACCCAGUACAGGAAUGGAUGCCUCUCAAGGCCCGGGCUCUUGGCUCUUAUAGUCACUAAAUCAGUAAAGCAUAAAGAAGGGUACAAGCUGUAAAGGGAAUUUAAACAGCGACAAGCGGACUAGUCUUGGCCGUCCGAUCGCAGAUCAAUGUCAACAGCAUCGUCUUCUUGGUGUGAAAUGGUAAUUGUUGAUGGCGACCGUUGGAUUGCGGAUGGAUGGCUGAGGAACGCUGCUGCUGCUGGUGGUGGUGUUAUGUGGAAGAAGAAUGGAUGCUGCUGCUGUUAUUCAGAUGGUAGCUGAUUCGCUGCCAGCUCAACAAUCGAGCCAGUCAGUGUGUUCCUGUUAGUGGAUUCAUUCUUGUUGGAGUUGCAAUCUCACUCCCCCAAACCUACAAUGUGUCGCACCUCCGCAAUGAGUUUUAUGUUUAGGUUUGUGAGUUUUGCUUUCUCUUCGUUAUUCCACAAGCUUUCUUUUACAAAACUUGGGUAAACAAAGGGCCGCCCUACCAUAUUUACGUGAGGAACGAAGUAGCUUGUCGUGGUAACCAAGAUAAUCAUGUGAUAAGUCUCUGCAUGUCUGAAAACAAUGCCACAGAGGACUUGUUUAUGAGGUUUUGUAUGUAACAUAGUUCUCUGUUAUGUCAAGGUUAUGUUUAUUGCUUCCAUCCAUAAACCAGCAGAAGCAUGAGGCAUCAUAAGUGCAUGUGUGAGGCCCCAUUCCUGAUAACUCUGAAGAGUAGUAGUUGGACAAUUGGCUGAGUUUAACUCAAGAAACAGGACCCAAAUCCAGGGCCAGGUGAUGGGUUCUCGAUGUUGGCUCAUCGUUUUCAUGGACAAGAGCAUUUAUGAACCCCAGCUUUGUUGCAGUGCAGCAAACGGAAGCUGUGAUUCUUGCGCACCAGGUGGACUGCUGGAGCUGGACUGCACGGAGGCAGUGAGAAAGUUACAAAGCGAAGCUUUAGAUCGCUCUAUCUACGACGCUACAUUGGUGAAGGAGAUUAAAUGUCAGUUAUUUGAAUCUGCCGACUAUCGAUCGAUGGUGUAGUGUGGUGCCGUAGAUUGGCAAAGGCUGGAUGUAAUGAACCAAGUAGUAUGAUGCUUCAGUUUCGUCAGAAUCUUCACUAGUUUCAGUUUCGUCAGUUAAGUCUAUUGGUUAAGGAGCCUGAAUGCGCCGCACAUUUGCUUGCUACCUGCUCUUUUGCCAAGGAGAUUUGGCAGUGUCUGUAUGAGGAGUGUGAGCGUACAUUUUUGUGAUAGCAACCGCUAGCAACAGCAGGGGACAAAAUUUAGCUCUUCCAGUGGUCCCUCCCAGGAGGCCUUGCUAGUGGUGGCUGUUACAGACAGCCACACAUCCAGGCUGCCUUCAACAACAUCCACUAGCUUAGCUGCUGCUCCUCCUCCUCCUUCCCCAGUCUCCAAGAUCAGAAUUGGAGGGCUUGUACGCACCACCGAACCAUGCCGGGCAGCAUCCGAGUUUCAGCGUCGCUGCUGCGUCUCGUCAAAAAGAAAAAGAGAUCACACUGUUGUAUCUUUUGCUGUGCAGACAUUCAGCCACCCGUCGCCGCUCCACUCUUCUUGCAAGUUAACCUGGGGAAAAAAGAGUACAGCGGAUAUAUUGGACAAGAUGGCUUCUCUUUUCCAGUUACAUCACUUCGAGAUAGCAUGGUGUUGUCGCUGUACGAUGCAGAUAAGGAAUUGGUAUCCAAAACAGAAGUGAAGACACGGUCGAUUGUCGAGCUGGGGAGUACGGAUGUUGUGUUUACUCUUGAUAGUGGAGGGGAAAUUAUCCUCCAGUUGCAGUUCUUGCUUAGUGAUGAAGAUCGCAAGCGUAUCCAAGAAAUGAGGAACUCUGCGAUGAAAAGGAAGCAGCAAGAGCUGUUUGGGAAUGGCGAUGAACUUUAUUUCCAAGAGAGCAUACCACCUAAAGAGCAGGCAGAAGAGAUCUCCGACAUCCCAAACAAAGAAGACCGACUCACGCUCCGCAAGAGCAUGUCGACGGAUGAUCUGAAACGGAUGGCUGUUUUUUCCGAAAUAAGCAUUGGUACGAAUACGGCGGCUUCGAAGAAACCCCCGUUGCAAGCUUCGACGUCCGAAGGCCCCAUUGACAUGAAGGGUCUACCGCCGAGAAGUGACAUUGGCUCUAAAAGAGGGCAGGGUGAACUGGAGAGCAGGUCGAGCAGCGCGGUGAAGAAGAUGAUCAGCGCCUUCGAGAGCAGCUCUCCGCAGGGUCCGCCUUUGGUGCCAAGGAUUAAGUCGGUAGGGUCGUUGGAAGGGAUGAUGUUGGCUUCGACCAAUCCUUCAGAUUCCAAGAGGUGGUCAGGAAGGCGCGCUACGACGAUCAUCAGCAACAAGAAACCAAGCGCGUCUAGACAGGCCGAUUUGUUGAAUGCUCAGGAGAGCAGAAGACGGAGUUCCAGCAGGCGCGACAAAGCAGCCAAGACGAGCAUGGGAGAGGGUGCAGAAAAGCAAAAUCAUCAUCGUCGCUCCAUCGCUCCAAUGCAUUCGGGCGCAACAUCUAGGAUCGCCUGGGCCAGCCACCCCCACAUCUGCAUCACCACCGCAAGCAGGCAGCUGAAAGACCUCGUCGGGCUUGAGCACCUGAAUUCGAUGAAGAAUGCAGAGCAGAGUGCAAGGGAAGACGACACUGAACAAGGCACGAGCAACGACGACGCGGUGGGCUCUAAGCGGCGGCGAUCCGAUGGGUUCCCAACGCUAAAUGGGUGGCUGAUCAACCAGGGGGUACGCGGCGUGAUCGUCAUCAUAGCCUGCGGCGCGGUGUUCCUCAACAACAGGUGAAGGAAGGAAGAAGAGGACUUGAUACAAGAAGUUGCGGUCGAUGAGAUUUUCCUCUUGUUUGCUAGUAAUGCACGGAAAAGCUUUUCUUUCUUUGAGCAAUGAAAACAUAGAUUAAGGAGUGAAAGGUAUGUAAAGACAACAUGAUUCUAUAGUAACUCUGUAACACACCCACAAGUGUCUCAUUAUAAAGGCUCUCAAGUGAGAGCGGACGUUUGGCUCCCGGGAGCCAUGGAGGCCUU